UACAACAAUAUUUAAAUAGCGUAUUCGUGUUAGAGCGUUCGUCAAGCCGGUGAACAACAACAACACCCAAUCUGAAAAUAAGAAAAUAAACAGAUUUAUGAAAUUUUUGACAUUGCCAGGCGUUGAUUGCACGAAAAACUACCCUAUAAUUAAGUGAAGAACAGGAAAAAUCAAAGACAAUAUGAAGAAAGGAGAAAUUGAUAAUUCACUGCCUUUGGAAUAUUAUCUUAAACCUCGUAAAAUUCAUAGUCAAAAUGCAGUUUACAGGUUGAGGCAAAGAGAAACACAUGCUGGUAGACCAGGGUCUCAUUUUCACAGAGCAAGGGUAUUUUACACUAACAUAUUUCCAAACUUCACUGUAGUGAAUGUUGAAAAGCCACCAUGUUUUCUUAGAAAGUUUUCAUCAGAUGGGCGAUAUUUUGUUGCGUUUUCUUCAGAUCAGACUUCAAUUGAAAUUUAUACGUUUGAAGGCUCGUCUGCAGCCGAGACAAUAAUGAAAAAUCUUAAAGGUGACAUUGCAGCCGCCACCUCUGACCCGCAUACAAUGGAAAUCAGAGGAAAACUUUUUGAAAAGUUUUUUAAAUUGAAAUGUACAGCAUUAGUAGCUACAAACGGUGGACAUUUGAAUCGCGAGUGCAGCCUUUUUACUGACGAUGGUAAGUUUGUGAUAGUUGGUUCGGCGCAAAAUGUACCAGAAGAGCCACACCCAUUGUUUUUCGAGACUCAUAGGAAUAACGAAGCAGUCAACGCAACCCCUCGCUCACCUUUGGAAGACUAUUGCCUGCAUAUUGUGGAACUUGAAACCGGGCAUUUAUGCGACUCUCGGAGUUUUAAAUACGAUAAAAUAUUUCUGUCACAUAAUCAAGGCUUGUAUUUAUAUAAAAACACAUUGGCUGUUCUAUCAGUGCUGCAGCAAACUAUACAUAUAUUUCAUGUCACACCUAAUGGAGAGUUUAUAGAUGUUCGAAGUAUUGGACGAUUCUGCCAUGAAGAUGACGGCCUUUACUUUGAUAUGUUCCAUGAUUCUGCAGGUCGGUCGUCACAGACUCAGUACAUGGAGAAAACAAUGAACAGUUUAAAACAUCGUCUACUUGUGUUUCUUUAUACAAAAGCUAAAUGUAGCGGGUCUAUGUACGAGCUUCGCAAGUUUUACCAAUACUUUGAACAAUUUGCCGCACUUAAAAUGUGGAAAAUGCAACUUCUCGAUGAAAAUCAUCUCCUUAUAAAAUAUGCUAGUGAAGAUGUGGUGACUCUGAAAAUAUCGGACCCAAAUUCUCAGCCGUCUUUUUUUGUUGUGUAUAAUAUGGCAAGUACAGAAGUGAUUGCUGUAAAUGAAAAUACAUCAGAGGAUUUACUGGAACUUUUUGAGAAUUUCUGCGAUAUGUUCCGCAAUGCAACACUUCAUACGGAGGCGCAGUUUACGUGUUCGUCAUCCAGUAAUAUAUAUGCUAGACAAAUUCAGCAGCGGUUUAAACAGACAAUUAUUAAUGCCAAGUUUGGGGGAAAUACAGAGGCUGUAAAGCGUUUACUAGCACAGUUACCGAUCAGUGCCCAGUCAUACAGCAGUAGCCCGUAUCUUGACCUGGCCUUGUUUAGCUAUGAUGACAAAUGGGUAUCAGUGAUGGAGAGACCAAAACCUUGCGGAGACCAUCCUAUUAGGUUCUACGCAAGAGACUCGGCACUUCUUAAGUUCAAAAUAUACGCUGGCGUAUUAGGAAAGAAUCCACCACCUACAGCACGUCGUCUUGUGGCCUUCACAUUCCAUCCUAGUGAACCAUUUGCCAUCAGUGUACAGAGGACAAAUUCUGAAUAUGUGGUCAAUUUCCAUGUUAGGCAUAUGAGUGUACCACAGUGAAUGUUGUACUAAUCACCGUGAAUUAAUUAACCACAGUGAAAGUUGUAUGUUAAGUAUGGUACCACAGUGAAAGUUGUAUGUAUUACAGUGAAAGUUGUACAUAAUAUGGUACCACAAAGAAUUUUUACCUACGUCCCUGAAAGUUGUUAUGUACCACAGUGAAAGGUGACGUACCACAGUGAAAGUUGUAUGUUAAGUAUGGUACCACAGUGAAAGUUGUAUGAUACCACAGUGUAUUUUGACGUACCACAGUGGAAGUUGUAUGUACCACAGUGAUUGUUGUACGUACCACAGUGAAAUAUGUACAUACCACAGUGACAGUUAUACGUAGUACGAUACUACAGUGAAUGUCAUACUUACCAUAGUGACUGUUUAUGUACCACAUUUGUGUUGUACUGAACCACUGGAAAUGUUGUACAUAAUAAUACCAUCCUGAAAGUUGUAUCCACCAUACCUACCAUGGUGAAUGAUAUUUUGUUAGAUUUUUAAAACAAAUGAAAUUGUCACAAAAAUGAUUAACAAAAAUAAAGAAAACAAUAAA